ACGUCUCCCAGCACAGUCACUGUUGUGUUUCAGGCAGAUUCACUUGAUCCCGUCCUCGUCUUCAUAUUACAUCAGCACAAUGGCAGCUAAGUUGUUGGUCCUCGUCGCCUGCAUCGCUCUCAGCCACGCCGGCAUGGUGCGCCGCGACGCGCCCCCUAGCCCGCUGCAGGACAUCGAGAAGCACGCCGCUGAGUUCCAGAAGACCUUCUCUGAGCAAUUCAACUCACUCGUCAACUCUAAGAACACCCAGGAGCUGAACAAGGCGCUCAAGGACGGCUCCGACUCUGUGCUGCAACAGUUGUCUGCUUUCUCCAACAGUCUGCAGGGCGCGCUGAACGACGCCAACGGCAAGGCCAAGACCGCUCUGGAGGAGGCGCGCGCUAACCUCGAGAAGACCGCCGAGGAGCUCCGCAAGGCGCACCCCGAGGUGGAGAAGCAGGCCGGCGCUCUGCGUGAGAAGCUGCAGGCUGCCGUGCAGAACACCGUGCAGGAGACCCAGAAGCUCGUUAAGGAAGUAGCCAGCAACGUGGAGACCACCAACCAGAAGCUCGCACCCAAGAUCAAGGAAGCCUACGACGACUUCGUGAAGCAGGCUGAGCAGGUGCAGAAGAAGCUGCACGAGGCCGCCUCCAAGCAGUAAGCUCCGCCGCCGCCCGCCUACACUCUAGCACACAAUAAACUCCCUGUCUAACUAC